UGGAAUCUACAAAGACAUGGGUUCUGGCUCUAGUACGUCGAGGCAGAGUAGCGCCAAGAAACAAGUACCCCAAAACAACAUGAAAGACGUGAACCAAAAUCAGCAGAACCUCAAGGAGCAGAGGAGAGUGGAGAGGACCGAAAAUCAAAUCAACCACGAGGACAGGCGCGUCCGUGAAGAGGACGAGGUGGGCAGUUUAAAGGAGGAACUGGACAGAACAAUUUCUAGAGACUACGACAAAAUGCCCCCUAAGAGGGGCAGUAGGUCGACGCUAGAUAGCGGGAUCAGUAGAGACACAUCAGACGGAUUAUUGAGACACGAGCACACGGCGUUAAGCCAGCAAGAACAGGAGGAUCUGAUUCUGAACGAGUUUCACUCCUCCGAGACGGAGGAGUACCCAGAGAAAUACGCCGAUAGACUGAGGAAACAGCAGCAACACGACACCGUGGCGUUCGCUCUGGGACGAGAAAAGACGGUGUUGGUUCGGAACCCAGAGGAAUGGAAUAUCGAUACUUCUCCGAGAGAAACAGAUGGCUUUGAUCCCAACAAAUUCAAAGCAGUGAAUAAGACGACAGUGGUAAGACAUUUAUAUCAAUAUUUGCUUCUUAUUAGUAAGCCGCGAGUGACUUGA